GUGCGCGCGAACGAGAUGAAUCGGGGGCGCGCGUUUGCCUCCCCUCCCCGAUUCUCCUGCUCCCUCUUUCUGACUCUUUGUGCCGAGGAGACGCGGGCGAGAAGACACAAUGGCGGACGAGAAGCCUAAGGACGUACUGAAAUCAGAAAAUGACCAUAUUAACCUGAAGGUGGCAGGCCAAGAUGGCUCCGUUGUGCAGUUCAAAAUCAAAAAGCAUACACCUCUAAGCAAACUGAUGAAAGCAUACUGUGAACGUCAGGGUUUGGCAAUUCGACAAAUCAGGUUCCGAUUUGAUGGACAGCCAAUUAAUGAAACAGACACACCAGCACAGUUGGAGAUGGAAGAUGAGGACACAAUUGAUGUAUUCCAGCAGCAGACUGGGGGCCAGUACUGACUGCUGACACUCUCCAUGUAAUUGUCUGAUUAUCCAUAGAUCAUCAGCGCUUCUGACAAAGCAGCAAGUUACUCUCAGCAGCAAUUUGGAAAACAUUUGUAGAAUAUUUUACAUCCACAUACACCUUCAUAAGAGCUUUUAUUGUUUGCUGGUUAAUCUUAUUACAUUUGAUUUUAAAUAAUAAAAAUGACCAGUUUAUACAGAACAAUCGGAAUCAAAUGGUUUUUACUGAAGUCUGCAACAGUAGGAAUACUCGACCAAACCAGAUUUCUAAUUCCCAAAAAUCCAUUUUAGCAAACUAUUUUUUUAUUCUAUCUGUUUGUGUUUGGCUCCUAAUGUAGCUUUUAAAAAUUUGUAAUAAGAUAAAUUAUUCAUUUCAUUGUUUUCAGUGGUUUGAACUGGCAUAGCUUGCUCAAUGUUUGCCAUUUCCUGUAUCAGUGUAAGGACAAACCCAUUAUUUUAUACAAUUUGUAUUGUUGUAGACCCACAAAGCAUUCUUGGUGCUGUAUUAAAGUAGUGUAAAAUAGGUCAGAAGAUGGGUUCCUUCAUUUUGUUUUCCUUGUGUGUCUCUUGUUUCAUAAAUUCCUUAUUAAAACAAUUAAAAACUAAA